ACACAUUAGUUACUACGUACGUUGCUUAACAAACACGAUGACAACUGCUAGUAGAGUGUCUACAAUUAAAAAGAAAAGUGUUAGUGGAAAAGAAUUAAACACAUCUGAUUCGAGUUUUACAAGUUCACCACCCUGGAACAAAAAUAAAUUACUUUUAAAUUCCAGAGCACAGCAAUCGACUUUACUUCCUAUUAAUAGUAAAGAUAUUCAAGAAUUAUUCAAAUAUCAACAAUCCUUACAAACAUCAUUGGCAUCAGAGUUACCAAAAAAUAAUAUUUUGUCACCAGAAGUGAGCACCAGACAAACUUCUUUAGAGUCAUCAUGUAUUACUUCGGACCAAACUUCUUCAGACUAUACAGCUUCAAAUAACCCAUAUGAUAAUCCUCUAGUAAAAAAACUCAAAAAAGCAAGUGUUAUUCAAAAUAUCCGAAAAUUUACUGAAUCUUCGUCGGAAUUUUAUUCAACUGAUUCAGACUCAAAUUCAUUUUUCCCACUAUCUGAAUCAUCUAACCAAGAAUCAGAUAACAUAAAGGAUGGCUAUGGUUGUAUUUCUGCAAAUGAUGACGAUAAAAUUAAAUACCCAACUUAUGAACAACGUUUCCACUGGUCAGAAAAUAUCGAUCAUCGUUCACCAUGGGUUAGACACAGAGCAAAAGAAAUUUGGGAAAAUGCAAACGAACUUUUUAAAUUUUCUGAUUUAAAUAAAAAGGAAAGUUUGCUUCAAAAUAUACCAUUAGAUGAAACAAAUAUCAAUACAGAGUUUAACAAUGAUAUUAAUACUUCUAUUGAUGAAAACGAUGAAAUAAUUUUCAAAAUAGCUGAAAAACUUUGUAAGUCAUUGCCAGAUUACAAAUCAACAAGCAAUCAAUGGUUAAAAAAUAAUGAUUUAAAAUGGACUUUGAUGUAUCAAAAACUUGUUAAGUACGGAUUGAUUGAUAACUGAUGAAAAUUCACUGAAGAUAAUAGUUAAAAAUAAUGUUUAAUUUUGUUUAUUAACUUUUUGUAGAUUACAGUUCAAAUUUUAAGUGUAAAAAAUUAUCUUAUCUU